GUUUUUCAAUGACGCAAUCUUUCACGUUUCGAAUGAGUUAAAGCGCGAAAAUUAGCCAACAUCGGCCGACUAUAUAAAGGGCAGUGAACUUUGACUUGAUCGGCUCAGUCGUACAGCUCGUUUGGUCCUGCACACGUUAUCAUCGUGUCUGAAAAAUCUGAAAAAUGACUACGAUCGCCCCGACGCUGUACUCGACCACGAUUGCCCCGGCUUACGUUACGACUGGUCCGUCUUACAGCGUUGUCGACGCUGGUCCGGCUUACAUUUCUCCUCAAAUGUCGAUCCCCAUUCCGUUGACUCCGAUGGUAAUGAUGCCCGAGCAUCUGCUGGUGGAACAAGACACGGAAGAGUUCGGCUUCUCUAAAUUGUUGAAGAAAGUCAUCGCUCUGCCGUUGGCCAUUGUUCUUCCCAUCGCCAUUCCGCUGAUCGUCAUCAUCAAAUACCUCUUAGCUGGCCGAGGUCUUAUUAACAAGCCUUUCAUCAACAGCGCAGGAUUCGCGACGCAAGUUCCAGUAACGCCAGAGUUCCAGCAAACGACGCCCUUCUUCACCACCACUCCGAUGCCCAACGUCUACGGCGGACCCCAGAAUUACGGCAGCGCGCCGCAGGGAUACGGGGAAGCGCCGCAAGGAUAUGGCGGAGCACCACAGGAUUUCCAGGGUGGACCCCAAGGAUGGAAUCGGAAGCGCCGUGAAGCCAACGAGACUAGUUCCGGCCUUCCGUCGAUGAGUUUGGCGCAAGUCGAGAAAUUGACGCAAGUCGUGUUUGCUGCCAUGCGUUCGCAGGAAUGCAUCCAGCGUUUGGUCUGCGAAUUGGGUUCCAUGUCCAAAUCGUUUUCGGACACUGCCCAUUCUGUGACGGUGGCCGUAGAGUCGUUUGUUCCGGAAUCGAUCAAAGAGUCGUACCAAGUGUUUGUCAAAGCGGACCAUUGCGAACAAUACGUUUGCGGUUCGCUGGCAGUCAAGAAGUGAUGCAAUGUCUACGUUAACCCAAAAUACCCUAAUGUUGCAAUUCUCUACAGUGCAGUUCAGCUUUUAAAUCUGAUAUCAUUUACGUCUUGUGCAAAAUAAAAGUGAAAGCAUGCUUUAUUAAUUGA